UUUUAGGUCACAUGCCUGGAACUCUCUGUCCCCCAGGUGCCCCUUUCCCUCCAAGACCCUCUCCCAUUUAGACUCAUAGUCUCCCCCUUGGAUUGGAAGCUCCUUGAGCACAGGGACCGCCCUUCACCUUUCUUGGUACCCCCGGUGCUUAGUCGUCCGGUUCGCCCGCGGCAGGGCUCACUCACCAUGACCUGAUGCACUUCUCCGAAGAACAGGAGGUGCAGUGUUCAGAGCGGCCCUUGUUAAGGUGGCUGCCAUCUGGUCGGCUUUGUGCCAGGCUCUGAAGAGAGAACACAAUCCCCACCCCCGAGGAACUUUGUAUUCCACCGGGACAAAGCAACAUGUGUCUGGAACGUUAAAUACAAACUAUAUGCAAAGUCAUUUCCUGGAGUGGGGCAUUAUGGCCUCCCGUAAUGGAGGACCUGGGAUGGAGCUGCCAGGUAACUUAGGCCGAGGGCACAGGCCCAGGGGAAAGGAAGGGGCCCCUGGCCGCCCCUUUGGAGCUAACCCCACGGGAAGGUGAGAGCCAAGGCUGACCAGGCCCCAGGACUCCGGGUGCCGCGUGUGGGCAAGGCUGGGGCUUUCCACCCGCCACGUGUUCAUUACUGGGUGUUUGAUGAACCCCACAGCCAAUGUGUGCUUUGGGGCAUUGAUUUUAACUUUGGGCCCCAGCCUGCCAUCCUUUUCAGGGGAAGUUUUGUGUCACUUUUAAGCUGUGUCCUCCUCCUGCUGUCUGGGGAUUCCUGUUUUUGAGGGAGGUCCUGGGCAAUGUUUUCCUUCUCCCUGCUGAUGUUUUCUUGUUCCUUCUUCACGAUAACCUUAGCAGUUAUCUAUCAUGGUGGCCGGAGAGCUGUGGAGGCCCCCCUCUGACCCAUGCUGGCCCAGUGACCCCGGGCAGUGGCUCCCAGACUCGUUGGAGAAAGAAAAUAUUGUGGGUCAGACAGCAGGACUGUUCUGGUGCCGCCCAUCCCCUCUGCUCUUCUGACCCAGGAGGUUGAAUUCUCAUAUCCUCCCCUGAUCACAGGAGAAGGCCAUGACAGUCACUCCCUACCCGAAGAGUGGAAGUAUUUGCCUUUCCUCGCCCUGCCCGAUGGAGCUCACAACUACCAGGAAGAUACUGUGUUUUUCCACCUGCCCCCCAGAAAUGGAAACGGGAUGACAGUGUAUGGUGUCUCUUGCUACAGACAGAUUGAAGCCAAGGCACUCAAAGUCAGACAGGCGGAUGUAACCAGAGAAACUGUCCAGAAAAGCGUCUGCGUUCUAAGCCAGCUGCCUCUCUAUGGUUUACUCCAAGCAAAACUGCAGCUCAUUACACAUGCCUAUUUUGAAGAGAAGGAUUUUUCCCAAAUUUCAAUCCUAAAGGAACUCUAUGAGCAUAUGAAUAGUUCCUUGGGAGGAGCUUCCAUCGAAGGGUCCCAAGUAUACCUUGGUCUGUCCCCAAGAGAUCUGGUCCUUCAGUUUCGACACAAGGUCUUAAUCCUAUUUAAGCUGAUUCUUCUGGAGAAAAAGGUUCUGUUUUAUAUUUCUCCAGUGAAUAGAUUGGUAGGUGCCCUAAUGACUGUGUUAUCCCUUUUUCCAGGGAUGAUAGAACAUGGCCUCCGGGACUGCUCCCAGUACAGGCCCCGCAAGAGCCUAUCUGAGGAUGCGGGGCUCCACCCCACUCCCCCUCCCGCGGAUGACUAUGUUUCUGGGUCUGUUGCUGACGGUCCAAGCACAGAUUCAGCGACGAGCCAGAAAAAAGUGUCCAGGAACCACGGAGGGGACGCCCCAAAGGCAGAUGGGAUCGUGUCCCCAGCAGCCAAAGAUGUGGGCAGCGCGCAAGCCUCCAAUGGCCCCGGGCAGCCCGGGAGACUUCCUGGGCCCGUGACCUCCGAGGCAUCGGAAAAGCCACGGGAGCCCCCGAACUCUGGCAUCUUGGAGGGCACAAGCGUGAAAAAAAGGGAACAGGGGGAGCCUGAACAAAUAAACUUCCUUCCGAGGGACUCCGUGCCCUCUGAAAGCGCUCCGAUUACUGUGCAGCCCCAAGCCAACCUGGGCCAGGUGGUGCUCGUGCCGGGACUCGUCUCAGGCUUGGAAGAGGACCAGUACGGAAUGCCCUUGGCCAUCUUCACCAAGGGCUACCUCUGCUUGCCAUACAUGGCCUUGCAGCAGCAUCACCUGCUCUCCGACGUGACUGUCCGAGGAUUUGUGGCCGGGGCGACCAACAUCCUUUUUCGGCAGCAGAAGCACCUCAGUGAUGCCAUUGUUGAGGUGGAGGAAGCGGUCGUUCACAUCCACGACCCAGAGCUGAGGAAGAUCCUGAGCCCGACCACCGCCGACCUGCGGUUCGCCGACGACCUGGUGAAGCAUGUGACCGAAAACAGGGACGACGUGUUCCUGGAUGGGACCGGCUGGGAGGGAGGCGACGAGUGGAUCCGGGCGCAAUUUGCGGUCUAUGUCCACGCCCUGCUGGCUGCCUCGCUGCAGUUAGAUAACGAAAAGUUGCUGUCGGACUAUGGGGCCACGUUUGUCGCAGCCUGGAAGAACACGCACAACUACAGGGUCUGGAACAGCAACCGACACCCGGCUCUGGCAGAAAUAAACCCAAACCACCCCUUCCAGGGCCAGUAUUCGGUGUCGGACAUGAAGCUGAGGUUCUCCCACUCUGUCCAGAACAGCGAGCGGGGCAAAAAGAUUGGCAAUGCCGUGGUCACAACGAGCCGGAACGUCGUGCAGACCGGGAAAGCCGUGGGCCAGUCUGUUGGAGGAGCUCUGUCCAGUGCAAAAACAGCCAUGUCCUUGUGGCUGUCCACUUUGACCCAGUCAACCACGCAGGGGGGUCUCACCGACCCCUCUGAGGGGAAACACUGAGAGAGACGGGCAGAGCCUGCUGGGAGAUCGGACCUUCUUGCCGCCUUCGGGACCCUGGAUGCACGUGUGGGAGAAGCGACACGCCGGACUGUUUGGUGGCCGAACGUGGCCGACGGUUGCUCUCGGUGUAUUUUUAAAAUACUGUAUGUGAGCGGGUGAAUGAGUGGCGUGUGUGAAAGAAUGGCCCUUACGGGGUGGCCCUCUAGAACGGUUGCUUAAUUGACUACUUUCAUUUCAAUCUGAGCCUAACUCAUACAGACUCAGAAAUGGACCACGUGAUGGUUUGGAUUUUCUGAUUUUGUACAUUUCUUUGUCCAUAGAAGUUGUUUAUGUAAAUUAUAGUUAUGUUUCACCUUUUGGAUAGACAGAUGCAUAUUAUAAUUUGUUCAUUAAAUAUAAUAUUAUAUAAUGAUUCCUCUCAAAUUGGGCCCACAAAUGUUACUUGGCCCUUGGCUUUGGCCGUUUGGAGCCCUUUGCCGUUGGGGGAUUUUUUCCCAUUUUUUUCUAUUCUAAAUGAAUUCAAGCAGAGGUGUAGACUCAUCAUUAGGUGACAAGGGUAGAAAUUUGCUGUUUCCCAGCCCAGCCUGUCCUUUGCUUUCCCCAGCCCAGGCACUAGUGUCUUGUGUCUUGCAACUCAAAGAUGAUGAUGGGAAAAAAAAUUGAGGUUUUGUAAAGUAAUUAUCUAAUCCUUGCAAACUCCCCUGGCCGGCCCACCCGCUCCCCCAGCUUUUCCUACUGCAGCCCCAGAAGGGGAGAAGCAGGCCCCAGUUUGGCUGGUUUGGACCAGUGUCCACGCUAUUGGAAGCACUGGCUUCCUCAUGGUAUUUUUCAAGAUGGCUGCUCUUUGUGUCUCCCUGAGCCUUCCCCCUGCAGCGGGGCUCGCAGUCUGGGUCUCCCUUCUUCCUCUGUGGGUUCUCCCGGGAUUUUUGUUCCUCCGGCUUGCCGGCCUUUCUCUCUUCCCAGCUGAAAGCCAUUCUUCUUUAAGGGAUUUUUAGAAGAACAACAAAAAACAACAGGUCAGACGGGAGCCCCUCUCAGUGCAGAUCUGUGCAAUCUGAGUGUUUCAGGGCAAGGAACGGAGCCGGGGAGGCCAGAAAGGAAGGUCACCGCCCCCCCCCCCGGCCAGCCUCAUGGUUUUUGGGCCCAGGCAUGGGGGAUGCUGCUCUUGCCCUGAAGGGCUUCUGCUGGUCUUCUGUGACACAUGCAGACCAGGGCGUAUUUCCUGCCAGUCACAAACUUAGUAACAGGAAGCGGCUCCUGCAUGGGGCUGAGGCCGGAGGAUGGGGAUGGUGGCCUCCCGGCCUCCCUCUGGUGACCUCCCUGCCCCAUCCCCCCGGUCUGCCACCUUCUUCUCUUGUGCCAGGCGUGGGCCAGGCUCUUGUCCGGGCUGUUCCCCCCCAAGCAGGUUGUGUGAAGGGGGAGCUCCCGGACAGGAGCAGCCCUGAGACCUCAGAGGGCCUGGGAGCUGCUCUGUCCUUCCCAGGCCGAGGUUUCCAGAGUAGAGCUACCUUCCCUCUCCCAGCAGGAGGUAACCGGGCCAGGUCUGUCAGAGGAACUGGGGAGCCUGCUUGGGGAGACCCUCUCAGGGGCCGGGACGGGUGUGGCAGCUGGGCUCGCCCUCAUUGGGAAUCUCUACCUCGGAGGGACUUUCCCUUUGCGUUCUUUUAAGGAAGGGCCAUAAUUUCAUGGAUUGAGCAUGAGCCAGGAGCAGAGAAGGGGGGGCCGGGCCCCAGCCCAGGACUUGUGACCUCUCCAGGCUCCCAUGUCCCUUAAGAGGGAAGAGCCACAGCUUGGGAUCUGGUUUCCUAGGGAAGGCCUUGCCCGUAUCUGUUUCACCCCCAGCCUAGGAAGACCCCAGAGUGCAUUUUUUCUGUGACUCUGGAGGUCUAGCAGGGAGUCUGGGGGCCCAGGCCCUGCACAGGGGUCCCACUGAUCCCUGGACUGAACAGCCCAUGCCAUGAGCCUUUGCCUCCAUGGCCCAUCCCCGGGCCUGGCUGCCCAGGGAGGAGAUGCUGGCGGGCAGGCCCUGGAGGAACUCUAGUGGCCCAGAAUACCCCAGGUGGGCAGGGACCAUCCCGGUGAGUGCCCCCCACAAGGAAGAUGCUCGCCCCACAGAGAGGCUGGAGGCUCAUUCUGUAGACUCCACAGUGAUUCCCCUUCUCCCCAGGAGCCACCCAUUGGCAAGUCCACAGGCCCCUCAGACCAACCAGUCUCAGCCUCCUGCUUUUAAGAAAUCUUUUUUGAGGCGAUGACCCCGGCACCGGAUGUGAUUCCUCGGGGGGAUCGGUGUUUAGAACUAUGAGGUUUGUCAGGUGGGAUGUCAGAGCGGGGUCAGGGAAGACCCUGAGUAAGGGAAGCCCGAGCUGAGGCCUUUCCGGUUCCCGGGUCAGUGUCCGGAGAAGCAUCUCGUGCCCUGAGGGAUUCUUUUGGAGGGAGCGGGGGAUCAUCAAUUAAUGAUCCGAGUUUAAAGUUUCAGAUGAAGAGAUGCUGUUGUGCCCAAGCAGACUCGGUCCCACUCUCGGGCCUGGUUUCUAUUAAGUAAGACGAGCCUUGGGCAAGACUUGGAGCUUUCGCUGGAGCCGCUCCAUGGGAGCCGGGAAUCAAGUCCUUGAUCCCUAGAGUUUCUAAGGGAGAAACAGUGAUCUCGGUGGGAGAUGGCGCAG